CAUUCUGCAUACACUCUUUAAAGAAACUUUCACUAUAUUACAUCUCUCAUUCACUAACUUUUCUCAUUCUUCAAUCAUCUUCUUCAUUAUCAUUAUCAUUGAACAUUAUCAUCAUUCAAGAUUUCUAUCUCUUCUUCUAUUCAACUCUUUCUAUCUGUCUGUCUAUUACAUUAUACACAUUUCUGACAAUGAUUCUCUGUUUUCAUAACACGCAUUAUCAUAGUGCUCAUAUCAGGCAGUUCAUUAGCGAAUCUUCACACAUUGACAGAUUCACAUUCACUAAUAAUAGUGAACUCAAUAUUGAAUUAUUGAUCAAGAACUUGAAGAACAUGAUAAUAAAGAAAUUGUCUGUGUCAUGUGUGACUGAGUCUUCUAUGUCUCUCUCUGUCUCUUCUGUCACUUCUUUCUCUGCUGCUCUCUCUCAAUCUUCUACAUCUGUCUCUGUGUCUGAUUCUCCUGCUUCUGCUACUUCUGUUCCUGCAACUCUCACUUCUGCUACUUCUGAUUUUAUCAUCUCUGCUUUCAUUAUCAGCUCUCCCU